AUGGUUGCCUUGCGCAAUGCUCGUGUUCGGCGCUAUGUCCUUCUUUGCCAUUUCUUCUGCUUUUGGCAUUUCGCAGCGCGAACCUUACAGUUCUCUGCCCUGCCGCCGAAUACAAAGCUGUUGAAGGACGUGGAGCACAAUGAGAUGCCAAACUGGAUUCGUGAGCAAAUGUGUGAUUUGGGGUAUGAUAAAGGCGUCUCAGACAACAUGGCCAAGGCGCUCUCAUUUUACAGCCCUUCGGCCUUGGUGGAGGCUUCUCGAGAGAGUUUGCUGGAUGCGCUGCAACAGACAUUCCCAGAUGAUGCACAGCGGAAGAUCAUGGCCCAAAGCCUUUAUGACCGCAUUCAGAAGGGCAUUUCCCAACCACAACCCGUUUCUCGGCAAAGAUUGGUUUCAGUUGUUGCCCGAGUUCGUUGUGUUUUGUUUCUCGUUGAUGUGAGACAGCGUUUAUGUUUCUGUGGCUGCUUUGCUUGGUUUCAGGUUCAGAGCGAUGUUCCCGAGAAUGUCAAGGCCUUCGCACGAGCUUUGGAUGAUGCAGAGCUGGAAGGGCAAAUUCUCAGAACGGAAAAGGGCAGUUUCAAGUUGCAAAACGUUUCUGAAAUUUGGGACGAGAAGCAGUUCUACGUGCGGGACUGCUACACAGAAAUUGCCGACAUCAUGUUGAAGAAAAAGCCCCCCGUGAUGUCGCUGCUGGGCUCGUCUGGGAUCGGCAAGUCCAAUUUUCUGGUAUAUUUAAUCUGGCGUCGCUUCCAAGACAGUGAGCUUAAAGACUUCCCAGUUUUUCUGCACCAGGGGGACAUCAUCCAUCGGUUUCAGAAGGGCGAAGAGCCAAAGAAGGUCGAUGCCGAUACUUUGUAUUCAGCCUCUGCACAAGCUUUGUAUAUCAUGGAUGCCGACAUUGAUGUGGCACAUACGGUCUUUUGCCAGUCUUUGUGGAUUACCUCUGCGCGGAGGCCGGAGACAGCGGCUUUCAACACCGAGCAUUUCAAGAAAGCCGAGCGCUUUUCUGGGCAGUUCUUUAUGCCACCAUGGACGUUGACGGAGAUGCUGAGUGCAGAGGAACGCUUCGGCAUCUUUGGUGGCACUGCGAGGCUUGUUUUGGAGAGGGACGAGACAAGGGCAGAGAAUGACAAGGAGAGGCUCGUUGAGGCCGUGCAGUCAGCAGAUGCGCUGCAAUCCCUGAAAGUAUCGUCUGACAUGAAAGCCAUAAGCAAGACGACGCAUUUGCUGGUGAAGAUGCACCCAAAGCGGGAGUUCAGCUGGUUUGAUGUGCAGUUGUCGUCUCCCUAUGUUCGGCAAGAGCUGGUGAAGCAAAACAGAGCAAAACGAGCCCAAGCUCUUUGGGAUCGUAUUGAUGAUGGGAUGAUUACGGGCAUCGGUUUUGCAUUGUUUGAGGAAGAGUUCCACCAGUUCAUGCAGGACAAGUCCAUCGGCAAGUUCAAGCUCCGAGCCAGAUGCUUGACAGCUGAGGGGAAGGGGUCUGAUACAACACAGGAACUCCAAGGUGGUCUUGAAGGAGUGAUGAUUUCGGGCAAUCCCGCAGCAGACAUCAAGGAUGGCGAAUACUACCAGCCGCAGAGCAAAAACUUUCCUGCCUUUGACUCAUGGACCUCACAGGGCGUUUUUCAGCUGACGAUUGCCGAUACACAUGACAUCACCUUCAAUGACAGUGGCAAGGCAAUGGACGUGACGAAGACGCAGGCGUCUAAGAUUGUGGAUGCACUUUGCAAGAAGCAUGACAGCAAAGCCAAAUUCUUCUUUGUCGUUCCGCAGUUUCAGUUUGAUAAGUGGAAGACUGUGCAGACAGUGAAACAGCCAGAGAUGGCUGAGAAGAUUGAGCAAUGGGUCGU